GCUGUUACAAUUUGCGGCAAAUUUUGCCGGUCUUUGCCUAUUUUCGCUUAUUUUUGGAUCUUAAAAUAAAUUUAGCGAAAAUGGCGAACCAUCGCAAGGAAAUGUGGAAACUACUCUAUAACCUGGUGAAUCGGAACGAAGGGAACUUGUCCCAGGCGUACACAGUUAUCGAGGACAUACUCUGCCAGGAGCCGAGCCUUAUAAGUUGCUCGCUGAUCCGCGAGCUGAACAACAAAUUCCAAGACACAUUUCUAUUGUGGCUGCUGAACAAGCUGGCCAAGUGCUUGGGCGAGAGUGAAGAUGGCAGUCAGUGCAUCGAUCUGCAGAGGAAGAUCAUUAGCUCCUGCUGCUCGAAUCAUCCCAAGCUGUACGAGCGCCUGGUGAAGGCCUAUGUGGAAGCACUGCAAGAGAUCCACGUAGAAUUAAGUGCGCUCGACUUAAGCGAGGGGUCUACGAGGGAUGACAAGAAACUUAACCUGAGGAUAUUCAAGUGCGAUGCCACUCCUCUGCUGGAGUUCGAUCCCCAGUGCGCAUUCGAGGACAUCCAACUGCCGGUGGACAGGGCAGAUGCGUAUGCCAAGAGUUUGAUGACGAUUCUGCAACAUGCCCACCAUAUUGGAGAUGCCACACACGGAGACAUCUUCUCGGGGAGCCUGCAGCAGGCGCUGCUCAUCCUGAAGGAGUGCGACAUGGACACGAAGCUGGCCAGCCUGGAGUACUGCCACGGUGUCUUGCAGUCCCAGUCCUCCCACAGCUGGCUGACCAAUCCCGAUGUGGCCCAUUACGCGCAGCUGACAUUGGAGGCCAUCACCAUGAUGUGGUCCAUGGCUGCCAAGUGGCUGGAAAUGGAGUGCAUGAGCCGGCAGGAGCUGGUUCGGCUUGAUAUGUCCACACGACAACUGGUGCUUGUCCUGCAGCUGACUGGCCGCGAGGCCCUCCACCUGAGUUACCUGCUCUUAAACGAGAUUCUGGGCUUGUCCAAGAGCCUGAAAAUCGAUAAGGGAUUGCUGCAAAGUCUGAGCGACUGCGUUCAAAAGCAGCUGGAUGACUCGUCGAAUUCCAUGGAGCAACUAAUUCUGCUGAAGGAGCUCGUGAUGGGCCACUGGCGCUCGCAUCCCGUGCAGUUGCUGCCACUGUUGACGCGUCUGGCAGUGAAGCAACCUGAAAUGCGCUCGCCCAUCGUUCAAGCCAUGACACAGGCCAUGGCCCAACAGCUCCCGAACGAGAAAACCACCUUAUAUGAGUGGUGGGAAAUUGUUGCCAUUAUGCGGGCCUUCCAUCAGCUGGAGCAGCUCAUCCUGUGGCAGAACCAACAAAAGAUGCUGGAAUCUGAGGAAAAGCUGGAUAGUGCGAUCCUGGCCAGGCUGCCCCUGCAGUAUAAGCUUCCCAAGGAGACGGACACCGACUGGAAUGAGCUCUCCACGCACCUGGCGAACCAGGAAAACAAUGUCCGCGCCGACAUUCGUGACAUUCAACCGAUAUACUUGGAGAUCUGCUCACUGCUAAUGCAGGUCGCCUUCAUAAGCCACUCACUGAAGCCGCAAACACUGCACCACCUGCUGGCCAUCCUCCAGAAGCAUCACAUACAGGGGAUGGCACACUUUGCCGCUGUCCGCCUGGAGACGCCUUCGAGUGCCCACACCCAGAUGCAAUCCUUCUAUGCCAGGCGUCUCAUGAAAUUUAGCGAGAAUAUCUGCCCGAAUCUGCCGCAGCUCUUUCUAGCGGGUUUCCUCAAAGCGGGGCAACUGCUGAUAGCCCUGCCGCACCUGUCGCCCCAGUCAGCGCGCAGUCAAGCGAUCCGCAUGCUGAUGUGCUCCCAUCUGAGUGUCUUUAAGGUGGCAGAUCGCGUUGAGUUGUACUGUCCGCAGUGUCGGCCGCUGCCGGAGAAGCUGCCUGGCCUUUUCCUGGGCAAGUGCAAGCCAAAUUCAAAGGAUCUCGACUUCGAUAGCGACAUACUCGAACUGAUAGUCAGGGAAUUGUUGUUCCAAUCCGAUUCCUCGUACAUUGCCCAUCACCUGGACCUGCUCAGCGUUAGCCCCUCCCUUGUCUUCGGUCUGCUCAAGGAGGAAGGACUUAAGGGAGUGGGCGAAAAGAGCUUCAGUCUCCUGGUUCCUGCGUUGAGUUCACAGUCGGCGUCAUUCAUGCAGGAGCUGGGCCACUUCAUCCUCGAAGCCAUCAAGCAAAUCCUGGCCAAGCCUCUGGCAGAUCAAUGCAAAUUGGAACAGCGUGCCGUGCUGCGCAUAAUCAUCUCCUGUGCCCACCCGGGCAUCGAUGAAAUCUGGCUCUUCCACUGGUUCAAGAUGACCUUCUUUUUCCUGGUGCACACGCACUCCCUGGUGGCCCAGGAGGCCGUGAUGACGGCCAGCGAGAUGUGUGCCCGCCACGGCCUGCAGACGGUCAACCUGUGGAACUGGUACAAGCGGGAUGCUCUCGAUCUGGCCGUGCGCCUGGCCCUGACUGCAUACCUAACCGAAGGUGUGCGCUUCACGCGAUCCCUCAGAGCGCUCACCAAAAUGCUGGGUUUCUCGUGCGUCCAGGAGUUCACCUGCAAGUACCAUCGCCUGCUGACGGCCAUGGUCCUGCCGCACUGCAUCGUGGAGCCGCGCUGCAAGGGAGUGCUUGUGCUGAUAGCCAAACAGUUGCGGAAGCCCAUCGCGACGCUUUUCACCAUCUCGUUCCUGCGGCUCUAUACCCAUGUCUACCUCACCGAGGAGCCAGAGCUGGCCAAUAGCUGCAUUCAGCUGGUUGUCAGUUGCACGCAGUCCAGCCUGCAGGAGCUCAUGAAUGCGGAUGUUAAGCAAACGGUGGCUGAGCUGCUGAUUUAUUUCAAUCGCAACCCCACCUUCGUGAUGAGAUCGUUCCAGAGCCUGCUGCAGCUGUCGGUGGGCUCAGCGGAGGCGCUGUCCAGCCAGGCGGCCAAUGCGGAGUUUGCCAACUUCAUUGCCGAGCGCUUCCUGGGCGUAAUCACCUAUUUCGAGAGCUGCCUGAGUGAGCCGUCCUUCGAGAAGCCCCUCAAGGAGGAGACCCUCUACAGUCUGGGCCAGAUUAUGCGCUUCGUCGGCGCGAAACAUGUCACCCAGUUCCGUUUCAAGAUCAUCGCCAUGCUCAGCUUUGUGCACACGCUGCAGGAGCCGCGUCUGCAGCGCAUCUGCCUGAAGAUCUGGCACAUAUUUCUGCACGUGGUGAAUGUGCAGGAGCUGGGCCCCUCCCUGGGCCGCAUUGUGGCCACCCUGCAGCCGCUGCUAAAAGAUAGCGAGAACGUGAAGCAGGUGAACGAUUUGUACGAGUUUGUGAUACUCCGGAACGCCUCCAUGCUGGGCAACUUCAUAACGGAUCUGUACUUCCUCGAGCGCAUGGAGAACGUCUCCCCCAACAUCCGGGAGUGCAUCAAGCGACACACCUCCCAUCUGGACUUGGCCGGGCAGGAGGCGCAGUCCCCGCCCCAGCUGCUUGAGCAGCUGCGCUUCCUCCACAGGCAGAUCGUCGAUGAGUGCCUGCAGGUGCGCGUCUAUGGGCUUCAACAUCUGGGCGAGAUCUUCGGCCGUCGCCGCACCCAGCUCAACCAGAUGAUCCUCAAUGAGCUGCCGCUCGAACCGCUGCUGGAGCAGAUUGUCAAUGUCCUGAUGGCUGGCUGCCAGCACGACGACCGACAGCUGCAGAUGGCCUCGGCCAAAUGUCUCGGCGAACUGGGGGCCAUCGACGCGAGCUACCUGCUGUCCAACUACAAUUUCGACAGCCCCCAGCAGCUGCCUCUGACCGUGAUGUCCGACGAUUUCGCGGUCUUGGCUCUGACGGCGCUGUGCCGCGGCUACCAGUUCCAGCAGAAGACGAAGCACGUGGACAGCUUCUCGCUGGCCAUACAGGAGACCCUGGCCGUGUGCGGUAUCUCGCCUAAGGAGCAGAAGAAGGUGCGCCUCUGGCAGUCGCUGCCUACCCGCAUGCGUCAGGUGAUGGAGCCGCUGCUGCAGUCCUGCUACACGAGCUGCCAGCGGGCGAGCAACUGCCAGCAGCAGCCGAUCUUUGGCAGCCACUACUCCAACAAUUCGUACGAGGAGUGGGCCUUCGUGUGGGCCAGUCGCCUGAUCGACUACAUCCAAUCCUCGGAUACGCGCCACCUGCUUAGCUCCUACAAGCCGUGCAUCAAGCGGGACGGCAACAUGCUGAGCACCUUCUAUCCCUACAUUCUGCUGCACGCGCUCCUCGAGUGCACAGCGGAGCAGAGCCAGCACAUGCUGGAGGAGUUCAUGGCGGUGUUGCAGGCCAACGAGGAGAGUUCCAGCUCGGCCAAGGCACAGCAGGAGCUGGGCGCCAUAAAGGAGAACGCCUUCAAGAUGUUCGAGUCCAAGAAAUACGCGGCCGGCGUCAAGCAGCCAGCGAGCAGUGUCCUGGAGCGGAGGGAGGACUCCAGCCAUGUGCCUCGGCUCGCCGGCAAGCUCUGUGCCGAGCUGCUCGACUUUCUGCAACGCUGGCUAAGGGAAUGGCAGCGUAUGCACGGCCGCAGCACUGCGGGAAGACCCCCCCAGGAGGUGGACACCAACUACGGGAAGAUUCACGAGUUUCUCGGCAGGAUACCCAAGCUGUUGGUCUCCCGCGCCAGCUACAAUUGCGGGGAGUAUGCCCGUGCCCUCAGCUACCUGGAGAGCUAUCUGGAGGAUGGGGAGGACAAGUCCAAGCGCAUCCUGGAACAGUUCACGUUCCUCGUCGAGGUCUAUGGCAAGCUGCUGGACUCGGACUCCGUGGAGGGGGCCGUUCAGGCACGCAGCUACGACAUGAGUGUCACCCAGGACAUUCUGGUGAACCGUCUGGUGGAGCGGCAGCAGGACAUGAUCACCUGCUACGAGCAGCUGCUCUCGAGCACAGACCACCUCCAGCCGGAGCACAUCCGGGCCAUGAUCGACGCCUACCUGAUGGACACGCCCAAGACGGCCCAGCUGAUUGCCGACGGCCUCUGGCAGCGCCUCGCGGACCAGUACACGGAGCAGUGCUUCAGCGAGUGCAAAGCGGAGCUGCUCUGGCGCCUCGGCAGCUACGACGAACUGGACGAGUUCCAGGCCAACUGGCCGGCCCAGUGCGCCCAAGGCUGCCUGGCCCUGCGCCAGCCACUGACCACGCGACCGCAGUUCGACUCGCUGCUGGAUGGGAUGCGGGGUUCGGUGUUGGAGCAGCUACGCAGCUGCUCCGCCGUCCAGCAGCACUCGUAUGCGAAUGCCUACGAUGCGGUGCUGAAGCUUCAUCUGGUCCACGAGCUGCACUGCAGCCAGCAGUUGGUCGAGCAGCUGCACCAGGAGGCCGCCGAGGAUCGACAGGAGCUGCUGAUGAGGGAGUACUUUGAGGACUGGCAGGCACGUAUCCAGGUGAUACAGCCGCAGGUGCGCGUGCAGGAGCCCAUCAACAGCUUCCGCCGGAAUCUGCUGGCCGAACUGCAGCAACGCCUCUCGGAUCGCAGCCAUCUCCAGCCGCAUCUGCAGACGGAGCUGGCCAGGCUCUGGCUGAACAGUGCGCAGAUCAACCGGAAUGCGGGCCAGCUGCAGCGGGCCCAGUUGUACAUCCUCAAGGCGGCCGACUACAAGCCCAGAGGCCUCUUCUUGGAGCGGGCCCGGCUGCUGUGGCAGAAGGGCGACCAGGUCAUGGCCAUGAACUAUCUGGAGGAGCAGCUGUCCAUCAUUCGAGCCUCGUGCCAGGGCAACGCCAAGCAGCUGUCCACGGAGCAGCGUCAUCUGUACUUCGAGGGCAAGUACCUGCAGGCGGUGUACAAUGCCGAGUCCAUGCAUCUGUGCGCGGAUGCCAUUCUGCGGUACUUCCAGGAGGCCAUUGCCGUGCAUCGCCAGUCGGAGGGCUGCCACGUGCAGCUGGCGCAGUUCCUGGAAAAGAUGCGCGAGGCCACACAGGGCAGCAGCAAUUCGGGCGCAGCCGCAGCCGCAGCCACAUCCACAUCCCAUGCCAGCCACGAGAGCGACGAACUGCUGCUCCAAAUCAUGCUCAACUAUGCCAAAUCGCUGCGGUAUGGCAGCGAGCAUGUCUACCAGUCGAUGCCGCGCCUCAUCAGCCUGUGGCUGGACACGGCCGAGUCCGCCACCAAUCCCGAGCUCGUCAAGAAGAUGAACGAUCUGCUGAGCAACUGCUGCAGCGUCCUGCCCACGGCCAUUUUCUACACGGUCUUCUCCCAGAUGCUGAGUCGCCUCUGCCACCCCACGCCGGAGGUGUUCGGUGUGCUGCGCAAUGUGAUCAUACGCCUGGUGGAGGAAUAUCCACAGCAGUCCCUGUGGAUGCUGCUGCCACACUUCAAGUCGGCCACGGCCAACAGGAUCAAGCGCUGCAAGCUGGUGCUCACCGAUGCCCGCCUGCAGAACGCCGCCUUCCAGAAGCUGCUCAUCGACUUCAACUCCCUGACGGAGCGUCUGAUUGAGCUGACCAACAAGGAGGUUACGCUGGACCGAACAUACAAGCUCAGCGACCUGGACCAGCGCCUCACCAAGCUGUGCAACCAGGCGGACUUCUCGAGCAUCCUGCUGCCCUUUGAGAAGUACAUGCAGCCGACGAUGCCCCUCACCGUGGAGUCCAGCCCAUCGGCACUGACGCCGAGCAGCAGCAAGGUCACCAACUGGUUUCCCUACCAGCAGAUCUACAUCAGCGGCUUCCAGGAGCAGAUAAUGAUCCUGCGCUCGGCGGCCAAGCCCAAGAAGCUCACCAUUCGCUGCAGCGAUGGCCAGGAGUACGAUGUGCUGGUGAAGCCCAAGGAUGACCUGCGUCGCGACGCCCGUCUGAUGGAGUUCAAUGGGCUGGUGAAGCGUUAUUUGCAUCAGAGUGCGCCGGCCAGGCAGAGGCGCCUCCACAUACGCACCUACGCCGUGCUGCCUUUCAACGAGGAGUGCGGCCUGGUCGAGUGGCUGCCCAAUCUGACGUCAUACCGCAGCAUCUGCAUGGCCCUGUACGCGCAAAGGGGUCGGGUUAUGACCAGCCGCCAGCUGCAGCAGCUGGCACUGCCCCUGACUGAUCCCAUAGAGAAGAAGCGCGAGGUGUUCACCAAGCAGCUGCUGCCCGCCCAUCCGCCCGUGUUCCAGGUGUGGCUGCGUCAGCGUUUCGCCACGCCCCACAGCUGGUAUGAGGCCCGACAGACGUACAUCCGCACCGUGGCCGUGAUGUCCAUGGUGGGCUACAUCCUGGGGCUGGGCGAUCGUCACGGCGAAAACAUACUCUUCGAUGAGCGCAAUGGUGACGCAGUCCACGUGGAUUUCAACUGCCUGUUCAACCAGGGCGAGAUGUUGAACUACCCGGAAAUGGUUCCAUUUCGGCUCACCCAGAACAUGAUCGCGGCCAUGGGGCCGCUGGGCGUCGAGGGCAGCUACCGCAAGUGCUGCGAGAUCACCCUGCGCCUGCUCAAGCAGGAGGCCAAGACGCUGAUGUCCAUGCUGCGACCCUUUGUCUACGAUGUCGGAGCGCAGAUCCGCAACGCCGCCGCCACGGCAAAGAUCACCAAAGAUGUGCAGCGCAUUGCCGAUCGUCUGCAGGGUCACGUUAAGCGCCAGCAGUCCAACAGUAUUCCGCUGUCAACCGAAGGACAGGUCAACUUUCUCAUCGACGAGGCCACCAAAUUGGACAACUUGGCUGUCAUGUAUAUUGGCUGGGGAGCGUUCCUCUGACGCAGUAGUAUUCAAUCAAUCUGGCAGGGGGAUAUAUCAGAUGGAGAUCGUUUACGGGUUAAUUGUUUAUCAAAUGAAAAUUUUUUUUUGC